AUGCAAGUUGCAGGAGUUAAGAGAAUUGUUUUUUUAACUUUUCUUGUUGGACUUGGCUUUUUAAUAAUUAAAGCAACAAAAAACAACGAAGACUUUUUGGAGACAAAUCUCGAUGAAAACUCAAAGCAGAGAAGAUUACCUCAAGCAAUUUGCAUCGGAGCGAAGAAAUGCGGAACUGGGGCUUUAAAAGAUUUUCUCUCACACCAUCCGCUAAUCGCUACUCCAGCAGCCUACGAGAUGCACUUUUUCGACAACAUAGAAGAGUACUCGAAGGGGAUCGAAUUCUAUAGAUCCAUGAUGCCCAGAACACAGCCCUCGCAAAUAACUUUUGAAAAGACUCCGAAAUAUAUGGUGAUGCCGGAAGUACCCCAGCGCGUUUUUGACAUGGACCCGAAUAUCAAGUCAUGUACGCAGGUUGAAGCGACUGUACUAACCAAUGGACUUUAUUCAAUUCAUUUGGACAAUUGGCUAAGAGCUGGCUUCCAAAAGCCUCAAAUUUUAAUCAUCAAUGGCGAAGAACUAAUAAAAAAUCCAUCAAAGGCGGUAAUAGAAGCACAAGAGUUCCUCAAUAUUCCAGUGAUUCUGACGUCAAAAAACUUUGUGCUCGACGAAGAAAAGCAAUUUUUCUGUUAUCGCGCUAGAGAAAAUGAAAAGCCGUCAUUUGUUGACUACGAAAUCGCCAAGUUGAAAGACGAGCUGCAAACCACGAUCGACAAAAUGAAGAGAACCGGCUUCAAAACUUCCGCGAAGAAGCAUGUUGUCAUUUCGUGCCCAGUUUGCCUCGACGAGUACACUGAUGAGAGAUUUCGAGUUGCCCUUAUUCUGUGUGGCCACGAGUUCUGUGAUUCCUGCGUCAAGAAGCUUCCUAAAACAGCUCGAACGCGUUCCAGUGGAGUGGAAGCUACGUAUCAAGAGUGUCCGAUGUGCUCACGCAAAUUCUACCAGGAGCAUGUUCUCAAACUGUACCAACACUCGGCUUGA